AUGCCCGUUCAGAUACCCUGGCAGCUAGAGGGUAUCUCUGUCCCAGUUACUCCAGCAACCAUCCACAGUGACCGCCAGGGGCAGGCACGGGGACGAGUGUCCAUCCCUGCACGGAUCCCCGUGUGCCGAUUAUUUGGUCAGGACUGGGUCCUGAGCCUUCCGCUGAAAUUAGAGGUGGCUGCACUGGAGAGGCAGAUCUUUGACUUCCUGGGCUAUCAGUGGGCUCCUAUCUUAGCCAACUUCCUGCACAUCAUGGCCGUCAUCCUGGGCAUCUUCGGCACCGUGCAGUACCGCUCCCGGUACCUCAUUCUGUAUGCAGCCUGGCUGGUGCUCUGGGUUGGCUGGAAUGCAUUUAUCAUCUGCUUCUACCUGGAGGUCGGACAGCUGUCCCAGGACCGGGACUUCAUCAUGACCUUCAACACGUCCCUGCACCGCUCCUGGUGGAUGGAGAAUGGGCCAGGCUGCCUAGUGACACCUGUCCUGAACUCCCGCCUGGCCCUGGAAGACCACCAUGUCAUCUCUGUCACCGGCUGCCUGCUUGACUAUCCCUACAUCGAAGCACUCAGCAGUGCUCUGCAGAUCUUCCUGGCUCUGUUCGGCUUUGUGUUCGCCUGCUACGUGAGCAAAGUGUUCCUGGAGGAGGAGGACAGCUUCGACUUCAUCGGUGGCUUUGACUCCUACGGAUACCAGGCGCCCCAGAAGACGUCGCAUUUACAACUGCAGCCUCUGUACACGUCGGGGUAG